GAAAGUAAUUCGUAGUUUUGGCAACAAAAUAUCCAACCGCUACUCGUGGUCUUAUGAAUGAAAAUCUACAGGGUGUGCCGGAGAUUGCAAAGAUAUGCAAGGACAAAAAAAGUAAAAGAGGAGAGGAUGAGGCAGGUGUAGAUUUAGCUCUGCACUGAACACCGAGUUUUGGGUGAAACUUAAUCGGCUCCCGUGAAGCGCUGCGCACGAGAUUGACAUGCAAAGUAGAACGUGAGCAGCCGCACGGACAGCGCAGGCGAGAUUAAGGCUUCGGCUGAGAUCAGUGUGUGCACACGGAAAUACUCGAUCUGCCUCGCUAUUUAAAUAAAUGCAAAUCCCGUCCCCCCUUUUUUAAGUGUGUGGUAAUGCGCAAAUUCAGACACUCUUUCACCCCUUUUAAUACCACUUGUGUUCCUACGUCAUUAUUCUUUAAUUUUGUCGCCUCCCCCGCGUUCUUACUAUAAGGAAGCUUUCGCCGUCGUCUCCAGUGCAACACGAAGCACGUUCCUUCUAGUUUAAAUGUGUAGAUGUUUACCUCACGCUGAGUAUAAAUGAAGUUCCCUUUCCCAUUGUCAGUGAACUCUUCUCAUGUUGCAUUUAUUAAAAAAUACAAAACCAUAACAGUGGCUCCCUCUUGUACAAGUUUAUAGUCUAGAUAUUUAAGUAGGUCAGGCUGGGUUUAAGCAGCUUUCCUUGAAACUGCGUCAGUUUAAGCUGAAAGGAAUUUCAAUAAAACCCUCCCUGGUAGGCGUGGGCCUAAAUGAGGCUGGCCUAGUUAAGCCUGAUUUUUUUUUGUUCUGUGUUGCAUGUGUUUCAGAAGGUAGAAGUAAGGUUGUGUGUGUUUAUGUGUUUGUUUUUUCACAGUUAGCAACACAAAGAAAGGGUUUAUAAGCAAAUAAAAUAGCAAAAGAAAACUUGCACAUAAAAACAGCAUGAGCAAGGAUGGCUGCUGUGUUUAUGCCAACAAACAUGGUGGGAAAAGCCAGAUCCUCCAAUUUCACUUUGUCUGAGAAGCUAGAUUUGUUGAAACUGGUGAAACCUCAUAUCAGGAUUCUGGAGGAGCACACCAACAAGCAUGCAGUAAUUGUGGACAAAAACAAGUGCUGGGACAGCAUUGCAGAGCAGUAUAAUGCUCUGGGGGGUGAUCGGCCACCUCGUACUGCACAAGGCCUGCGCACACUCUACAAAAGGCUAAAGGAAAGUGCCAAGCAGGAGAUGGUGCAGCGAAAGCAUGCCCAGCCAGAAUACAGGGGUAGUAUAUCUGAACCCACCAAGAGAGUAAUGGAGAUGAUCCCACACCUAUUCAGACCCCUGCAAGACAAGGAUCACAAUGUAUUACAAAGAACAAUCUACCAAAAUGACUCUGCAGUUGAGCCACCAGGAAAUAGCUCUUCCUUACCAGCUGUUUCAGAUUUCCAAUCUGCCUCAGUCACUGUGAAGUUGGAUCAAGAAAUAGAUGUUAAGCCUCCCCCUGAACUAUCCAUCCUUUCAACUAGGAUUGAGGACAAUCAUGACGAUUAUGAGGAAAUAGAAUCUGUGCAAGGCUUUGAGGGAUCCAUCUCCCCCUGCCCAUCAUCCGUGAAUAUCGCAGUGACUAUGUCCCCUUCUCCUAUUCCUAUGAGAAGAGAUAUCUACUCUAGACCAGAAAGCCUGAGACAUUUGCCAGGCAUAGAACAAGAAACACUGCAGCUGUCCAAGGAAGAACAUGAACUCAUAAUGGAAAAUCAAAGGAAAUUAGGCUUAUAUAUUGAGGAGAAACGAGAAGGACUGAAAAGAAAACAGCAACUGGAAGAGGAAUUGCUGAGGGCAAAAAUUAAAGUGGAGAAGUUAAAGGCAGCAAGACUCAGACAUGGCCUUCCAAUACCACAUAUGUGAUUUUUUUUUUUUUUGUCCCUGUCUAUACUGGAAUAUAUUAUAGCCUCAUCUCCGAAACAGUCUUGUAAAUGUUGAGCUGAAUGCAUUUUUAUAUUGAACCAAUCUUUAAAGUAAAGACUAGCAUAAUAAAAAUUUUAUGGACUUAAUUAUUUUAUCUGUAUUUCUAUUUCUCUAAUGGAGACAUAGGUUCUGGAAUAUUCAAACUGCACAUUCAAAGUCUUAACAAUGCUUUAAAAACCAAGUGCCACUUAAUUUUUAAUGGAUCAAUAGCUAAUAUUAUAUAUUUUGUAGUAAAGUAGCAAUGCAUAAAACACCCAAAUUUAGUAACUUAAGGUAAGGUUUUUAUACAGCUUUUACAAUAAUUAAUAUCAUAAGUAUUUAUGAUGUUGCCUUCACGCUAGUUUAAAAAUAAAGUCACAGAAGUGUCAAAGCCAUGUGAAGUGCUGCUGUCCUAAUCUAUAAUAUUUACUCGAAAAAAUAACCUCUUUUGAUUUUGUGGUUUCAAAAAUUCAAGCCAAACUAACAAUGGUUUUCGUUAUGUUCUGAAAUAGAUAAGUCUACUCUCUGAUCCACAUGCAACAGGUUUUACUUUGUCAUUUUUGUUCAACAACUUAAAUUUUUGUCUUUUAUUAUUUGGUUCUUACAUUAUGUAUUGUUGUGUAAGUGAAACUCUUCUGUGUCAAAUAGUUUUUACAAUUAUCCAAAAGCACUCCUAAUAUACCCAAUCAAGCAGAAUGAUGUUUAACAAUUGAAAUUCAUUUUUUUAAUUGUUUAAUUUCCUUAAUGUAUUUGUUUAUAUGUACACUGUACGGUAUACAUUGUGUGUUUGUAAAAUACUGUUACACUUUAUUUGUAAUUUUUUGUGUAUGCAUUCUUAGUCUGUCCUCAUUAAAAAA